AUGGUAACCGCGUUGAUUAACUCUGGACGUGAUGUUCAACAUGAUUUACGCCAGCUAAAAUGGGACUUUCAGAAACAUAGUGACACUGGGCUGGGAAAGACAUUAGAUUUUAAAGAAAUGGAGACAGCAAUUGACAAAUCAGAAAAUGAAAUGAAGAAAUGUGCUGAAAGGUACAUGCAGACUGUGAAUACCAGGCUGCAGGUUCAUCCCAGCGUGGAAGACACUUUUCACAGUAGAGCCCUCAUUCCCAAAUGGGAACCACAGCUGAAGUGUUUACCGGACCUGCGGCCUCCAAAGCCUUGCCAGGGACGCUCACUAGAAGGAAAGUCCAAACUUUGCGGCCUGUCUAUUCCUGUGGGGAGCAUUCAGACCAGUGAAGAUGCAGCAAGUUUAGCAGAGGAGCCUGAAAAUGAAUGUAAACUAACUUUUACAAUUAAACAAGGUCAUAUCAAUCCAUCAGAUAAGGAUUUGAUUGUGUUCAAGAGGAGUUCUGGCCUGUGCUGGAGCAGUGUGGAGCAGGCUCUGAGGCCCCUGUGCCAGCUGCUACAGGCCUAUGCUGUGCCCAUGGCUGUAGUAAAGGCUGAGCAGCUCGUGAAGUUGGCACAGAGAUGGAACGGUGAGUGGGAAGGAGCUCCUCCGGUCAGCAGCCUCAUCUCUGUGUUGUACAAUCAAGGCAAGGUUUUGGACGUACUGUCACGUCCAGGUCAACGCUUCAAGGGAGAGGGAGGCGCCAAGGCAGCUGCAGUUCACAUACAGUCCUGCUGGAGGCGCUACACUGCCCGCUCUGCCUACCUUCGUUACUGCAGAUGCAAGUGGGCAGUUGGUACCAUCUCGUUGUCCUGGCUCAUGCACACUCAACUAUGUCGAGUAAAGAAGGCCCUGCAGGCAAGGAGGUUCAGUCAUUUGGAGAAUCAGCGAUGCAGAGCUCAGCAUCUGGCAGCCAACUGGAACUACAUCCAGGGCUCCAAGAGAACCAUUAUCCAUAUCCCAUCAUUAGGAUACUCCCAGAGUCAGAGAUGCAACCUGAGGAACUUUGAUGUGGUCCAGAACAUUCAAAUAGGAAGACUGUGUGAAAUAAGAGAUGAAAAUGUGGAGGUGAUCUACGUGUGUCCAAUGCAUCUGAAAGAAGAUAUGAAGCAGUACUACUCCAGUCUGUUAAAGUCUAACACACCCCAAGAGGAGAGCUUAGCUGAGACCCUGGACACUUCACUUUCCAAAACACAGUUCAUAAUGCUUACUCCGGAGGCUGUCGACUACUUUCCAAACCACAGCAUGUGCCUGUCGUCUCUGCUCAAGUACAGCCCUCACACUCUGCAGAGAAUCCGACGCCUUGUCCAGGGUAAACACUCCUACAUCGUCCCUGGAGUGGCACACGUUGAUGACCUGGCCGUUGCCGAUGAACUGGGCGUACCGCUGAUGGGCCCUGAGCCAGCCAUUUCACAGCUGUACGGAACCAAGUCUGGAGCCAGGAAGAUCUUUAGAGCGGCUGGUGUGGAAAUGCCCCCUGGAGCAGAGGACCUCUACUCCUUGGAACAGCUUCAUGAGCGUCUGGCGGAGCUCAUGGUUCAACACCUGGAUGUGACGCUGUGGCUGUUUAAAAUGGACAGUGAACUGGGAGGCAGUGCUCUGUGUGAUGUGAGCCAUAUGAAGAGCUACGCGUGGGCCUUGAACCUCUACCAGCGCUACGGCCCCGACACUUGGAGAAGCGAGGGGAUUCAGGAGCCAGUGGUGGCCCAGUUCCUGAAGGAGAUCCCUGAGUGGCUCUCCUCUCACGCUCAUCCUGCUAACACCUCUGAGCACUGGGCCGGGUUCCUCCAGACUUUUCUCAGACAAGGUGGUGUAGUGGAGGCACGCCCGCCCUCUCACAGCCCCUCUUGUGUGACUGUGGACCUUCUGCUGGAGCCGGGGGGACACAUCUCCAUGUUGUCCUGUGGAGAUCUGCUGCAGAGCCCCUGUGGUCUGAAGGUCCUGGGCUCCUCUGUCCCACAAACAUCUCUGUGCUCAGACACCCUCCAGUGGAUCUACACCCUUGUGGGCCAGGCCUGCCUCGAGAAGGGCAUCGUUGGUCAUGUGUCAGUGGACAUGGUCAGUUUCAUCCACCACACCUCCAAACAGCAUAAGGUGUGGGCCCUUGACCUCCACCUCUCCUACAGUGACCACCUGGCCAUGACCCAGAUGCUCCUGUACAGCACUCAGGGAACGCUCAGCUGUCAAAAUUCCUUUGAAGUGCCAAUGUCAAACACAGAACAAGAAACAGAAGAAUCUGCUGAAAAAUUUUUGAUGGAGAAGCGUCACGCUGUCCUGAGCAGCAGACUGUUCCAUGCCAGCCUGCCUAUGCUGUACCGCAGUGUGUUCUUUCAGAUGUGUAAAGCCCAUGGCAUUGGAUUCAACCCACAGAAGAAACGGGGCACACUGUUUGCUCUUUAUGACAGCUCAGAGCGACGCCAGAUUGGAAUGAUAGUGGUGUCUGACAGUCCCCAGAGAGCACUUCUGACCUUUGCUCACAACCUGUCAGUCAUCCAUCAGGAGAUCUCAUCCUCCAGAACACAAGGAGGAACCAAUUUCAAGAAGCUGAUGAAGUCUAUGGAAGACUUUCUGAAGAAGAACAAACAACCCUCCAUUUUGAAUGCAUGCACAGACGCUGUCCUCCAUUUUGAAUGCAUGCACAUCGGUUCAAACAGAACUAUAAAAGAAAUCAGAAUUUCAAGCGGAACCUUUGAGCAGCGCGUUGUUUCAGUCCGUGAGGAAGGCUUUGACGUACAGGUCCAAACAUACGCCAGCUGCCUAUAUUUGACCUGUUCGAUAGUAAUAGUUGUUGAUAAAGAGUGA